AGCUGAGUCGUGCUAGGUGUUUCUUCACACAAUGAUUCCCUUUACUUUGUAGGUUUACACAAGUGGGUAUUCGACUUUACGGCAGUCGCCUUGUUUGCAACACUAGGAGGAAACCAUGCUAAUACUAGUUUUACUAUCUACCAUCGUUCUUGCAAAUGCAGCAGAAACCACGUUUUCUGGCGGCCAGAAAUCUAGUUAUAGAGAACGGAUGGAUGGGUGGCACUUCUUUAAACGGCAUAUGAAAUACUACCUGCUGAGGCGGACGUACGCUGUCCCCGGAGGGAGUCAAAAUGCAAUGUGUGUCCAGGCACCGUUCUCGCCGAAAGUGUAUACAGACGAACACAAACUGGAGAAGACGUUCACUUACCGUAAUAUUAGCUCGACACACAAAAUUGACCCAGUGAACAAUACGUCUGCUCCUCGUUGGCCUGUCGCCAAAUUUCUGAUGCAGUUUUAUGUUUCUCAGGACAAGAGGCGAUUCACACACCUAAUGACGAAACAAGGGUACAACUAUGUAAAUUCCACUCAUUUGACGACUGCUUUUGGAUACGCCCUUCCGGAACCAGAGUGGAAUUUCCUUUACAGUAACAGACGCUGCGCCGUGGUGACUCUCCCGCCGCUUACUCAUCGUCUACCCCCUGUGAAGCCGCACUGUGAGCUUUGGGUCAGCGUGAACAAAACAAACACUGACCCUGAGUUCGACCACAAAAGAAAUUGGUUUAUAUGCGACGCCCUCAUGAAGAGGAAGUGCGACAACGAAUACGAGGAGCAAGUGUAUAACUCUACAAUAUGUGGACCUGUAUUUGAAAAAUCCAAGCAGAAAUAAAUAUACUUCGAG